AGCCUUAGGUAGGGUUGGAUCAAUCUUCCAGCCUCUGUUCUCUCUCUCUCUCUCUCUCUCUGAAGCCAAAUGUACAGUAUUUCUUCUACUCGCCGACCUUCGAUAUAUCCUUUUCUCGCAUUAAUUCCAGUGAGGAUGUUUCUUUUUCUACUGCAUUGAGCUACUUAGACGAAGGCAAAUGGACUGUCCUUUAUUCCGAGUGGGAGCUAUAAAGGAAAAAAGUCUGCGCUUUUAGACUAAUAAAAGGAGUGGAGAUUGAUUCACUUGGUUGAUGACAUCUGCUAGUGUAUGAUUCUUCAAAAUGAUGCAAGAAGCUGAUGUAAUUUAAGGACAGCCACUUAACAUAUGUACAACAUGAAACUUGAUACCGAGCCCAUGCAUGAUCGUUCAACUCUGGUUCAUAGGCCUGUUUCCAAAUAUCUUGUCAAUCCUUUGGAGAUGGGGGAUUUAAAUUCAGAAAAUUUGAUCUUGACGGAAGACAAAUACAGAAUGCCAUCUGAUGUAAAGAACCAAAACUCUGUGAAGGAUGUAGAAAAAUUACCAACUGAGAAGCACAAUGAGGAGAGAGUGGGGAAGAUACCCGGAUUACUCCAUUCUGUUGAGAGGGAUGAUUUAAUAAAUGAGAGAGGAAGCAAGAUGGAAGAAAGUGUGGCACCUUACACAAUCCCUUCAGGUGAAGUUGAAUUGUCUGAGAAAGAAGGAGAAUGUUAUACUGAUAAGAGUGUUACAGAAUGUGAAGUACCUGAGAAAAUUUCAUUUUUCAAGGUGGAUGCUUAUCAUGUGGUUAAGGACAUCUGCGUUGAUGUGGGAGUGCCUUCCCUGGGCAAGAUUUUGGUAGAACAUAGCAAGGAGGAUGAUAAUCACAGCUUCCAGACUUCUUAUUUGGAUAUUACUGAAGUGGGCAAAAAAUCAGUUGACCACCCAUCACUCAUUGCAGAUGAGAUGAAAUCUUUGAUUGGGCAUUAUCAUAAUAUGGAUGUUUCCAGUCGAUGUGAUUCUGAGAAUUUAUUGCAGAAAAGCAAGGAAAAUAUUGAUGCAGAAGAUGAUACCACCAUGAAUUCAUUGGUUGAACAUAACCUUGGUGAGGAUGUUUACAUGCAAUGCUGUUCUAAGAAUCAAUUGCAGAAAGGAGAGGCAAAUAUUGAUACCAAAGAUGAGAUCCCACAUGACAAGGGUGAGAGAGUAGUAAGUGAGAAUCUGCUUUUGUUUCAAAAUUUGGAGAAAGAGAACUGCCACCCAGAGUCAUUCCAAUUUACGAGUGAUGAAAGCCAGAAACAUUGUGGCCAAGAGCAGCUCUGCAGUCUUGAGGAUUUGUUGCAGAAAAGUGAAGGAAGUGUUGAUGCAAAUGAUGAAAUUACAAAAGGUGUCUCUGAUAAUGUUGUCCCUCUAAGCGUCCUUUUGUUGCAAGAGGUUGACAUUCAAAAUUCUUACCCGUCAUCCAAUUUUAAUGGCAAUGAAGAUCAAGAACAAUCUAAGCAGGAUACAAGUAAAGAGCCAAUUUCAGCACACUCUGCUGUGUGUUCUGUGGCUGAAGAACCCAGUGAGAGCAACUGUCUCAACAAGGCUCCAUUUGAUAGUAAGGUGGAAAGUGGAAGCAUCACUUUCAAUUUUGAUUCUCCAACAAGAAGCAGUAGAGAGGACAGCCCACGAAAUGCUGACCACCAACAAUGUCUUCAGACUCUACCUGGGGGGCUUGAAGAUGGAACAUUGGAUAAUCUAACAAGUUCAAGCCGUAGCUUUUUUAUUCAACAUGGCCAUGGAGAGUCAAGUUUCUCUGCAGUGGGUCCUCCAUCAGCUUCAAUAUCACACUCAGGGCCCAUACCAUAUUCUGGUAGCAUUUCUCUCCGGUCAGAUAGCAGCACAACCAGCACUCGUUCCUUUGCCUUCCCCAUACUAAAUUCAGAAUGGAAUAGCAGCCCUGUCAAAAUGGCAAAAGCUGAUCAGAGACAUUUCCGGAAAUAUCGGGGUUGGAUGCUCAAUCUUCUCUGCUGUAGAUUCUGAAUACUUCUUUUCAUCCACUUAUUUAAGCUCAAAUAUACAUCAUCUAAAUAGUAAUGCUCAUAAUAUUUUCCAUCCCUUCUACCCAGUAAAAGGUUUGUUCUGUGCAUUGGGUUAAAAUUAUAGUGCUGAGUUAUAGCAUGGGGAAUGCAAAUUGAGAUGUAACUUAAAUUUAUUAAUAUCAUUGUCAUAGUCAUUAUCUA